AUGCCAUCUUUCUUCAUUUACCUCUCUCUCGCUCUAUAUUUCUUUUCCCUUUGCUUUGUCAAUAAAAUUCCACCCUGUAUUUUGCUUUUCUCUCUCCCUUUUUGCCUCUCACUCUGUUGCUUUACAUAUUUUCUCUUUCUUUCCCCCCAUUGUGUCCCACCCCUCUGUAAAGUCUUAGCCUUUCCUCGAUUCCCUCCCGCCACAACGCGCGCUUCAUGUGCAACCUUCCGGAAUCUCUCAAGGAAAUCUACCGCCGUAGACAAGGCCUUCUUCACUCGCCACCCAGUAGUUCGUUUGCUUUCCUCCUUACAACACAAAAGAGCCGAGGAAAAAGCCGACUCAAUGGGUGCUAAAAUCGAAGAUGAUACACAAGCUAAAAAGGAGGAAAUUGAGACUGAACCUCCAGAGAAAAAAGUAAAAGUUUCAAACUCUCAGGAUGAAGCUGGAGAUGCAAAAGAACUAAAACAGAGACGAUCAAGUUUCAAGCGUCUCGGAAUUAGUGAAGAUGAUGCUGAAAAGCUCUUAAAAUCUGAGGAUGCUAAUGAGGGUCGACGAACUCGUUCAAGAUCACGUGGUGGAACCACAGAAAGCCCUCGGGCUGCAAAGAAAAAUACACCAGCAAAAGAGACUUCAAGCAAAAGAGGCCGAAAAGCUAAGAAAGCUACUGCUGCUCCUGCUGCAACAGCUGCUGAAGAAGAGGAAGAAGCAACAGGUGAAGAAUCUGCUGAAAAGGCUGAGGAAGCAAAAGAGGCCAAGGAAGAAGCUGCUGAAGAUGGAGAAGAGGCUGCGGCAAAAGAGGAGGAGGAGGAAGAGGAAGAAGAGGCUCCUGCAGCUGAAGAUGGGGAGCAAGACACUGCUGCUGAGCCUGAGAAAGAAAAAGAGAGUGAAGGAAAAACCACUGAUGAUGGCGAAGCCAAGACGGAGUGA